AGCGGAAGCAGUAAGCUGGCUCCGGCUGCCGGGCGGCCAGGAACGGAAGCGGAAGUGGCGGCGGCGCCGGCCUGGCCUGGCCUGGCUGCGGGGAGGCGGCGGGCGGGCGUGAUGGCGGAGGCCGGGCCACAGGCGCCGCCGCCCCCGGGCACUCCAAGCCGGCACGAAAAGAGCCUGGGACUACUCACCACCAAGUUCGUGUCGCUUCUGCAAGAGGCCAAGGAUGGCGUGCUUGACCUCAAGCUGGCAGCUGACACCCUAGCUGUACGCCAGAAGCGGCGGAUUUACGACAUUACCAAUGUUUUGGAAGGUAUCGGGCUAAUCGAGAAAAAGUCCAAGAACAGCAUCCAGUGGAAGGGUGUGGGGCCUGGCUGCAAUACCCGGGAGAUUGCCGACAAGCUGAUUGAGCUCAAGGCAGAGAUCGAGGAGCUGCAGCAGCGGGAGCAAGAACUAGACCAGCACAAGGUGUGGGUGCAGCAGAGCAUCCGGAACGUCACAGAGGACGUGCAAAACAGCUGUUUGGCCUACGUCACUCAUGAGGACAUCUGCAGAUGCUUUGCUGGAGAUACCCUCUUGGCCAUCCGGGCCCCAUCAGGCACCAGCCUGGAGGUGCCCAUCCCAGAGGGUCUCAAUGGGCAGAAGAAGUACCAGAUUCACCUGAAGAGUGUGAGUGGUCCCAUUGAGGUUCUGCUGGUGAACAAGGAGGCAUGGAGCUCACCUCCUGUGGCUGUGCCUGUGCCACCACCUGAAGAUCUGCUCCAGAGCCCACCCGCUGUUUCUACACCUCCACCUCUGCCCAAGCCUGCCCUAGCCCAGUCCCAGGAAGCCCCACGUCCAAAUAGUCCUCAGCUCACUCCCACUGCUGUCCCUGGCAGUGCAGAAGUCCAGGGAAUGGCUGGCCCAGCAGCUGAGAUCACAGUGAGUGGCGGCCCUGGAACUGAUAGCAAGGACAGUGGUGAGCUCAGUUCACUCCCACUGGGCCCAACAGCACUGGACACCCGGCCACUGCAGUCUUCUGCCCUGCUGGACAGCAGCAGCAGCAGCAGCAGCAGCAGCAACAGCAGCAGUUCAUCUGGACCCAACCCUUCUACCUCCUUUGAGCCCAUCAAGGCAGACCCCACAGGUGUUUUGGAACUCCCCAAAGAGCUGUCAGAAAUCUUUGAUCCCACACGAGAGUGCAUGAGCUCGGAGCUGCUGGAGGAGUUGAUGUCCUCAGAAGUGUUUGCCCCGCUGCUCCGUCUUUCUCCACCCCCCGGCGACCAUGAUUAUAUCUACAACCUGGACGAGAGUGAAGGUGUCUGUGACCUCUUUGAUGUGCCUGUUCUUAACCUCUGACUGACAGGGACAUGCCCUGUGUGGCUGGGACCCAGACUGUCUGACCUGGGGGUUGCUUGGGGACCUCCCCCACCCGACCCUACACAGCUUGAGAGCCACAGACACCUGGCUUCUCUGGCCUUCCCUCACUGCACAGUUCUGGCCACAGCUCCCGCUCCUGUGCUGGCACUUCUGUGUUCGCAGAGCAGGGGAACGGGACUCAGCCCCCAUCACCGUCGAGCCAAAGUGUUUGCUUCUCCCUUUCUGCGGCCUUCGCCAGCCCAGGCUCGGCUGCCACCCAGUGGCACAGAACCGAGGAGCUGCCAUUGCCCCCCAUAGGGCAGCUUGUCCAGCCUCAGUGUCUUGCUCCUGCCAGCUCCUUCCCCUAGGAGGGAAGGGUGGGGUGGAACUGGGCACGUGCCAGCACCACCCCUAGCUUCCUUUGCUGUCCCCCACCCCCUGACCCUCCAGCUCCUCCUGGCCCUCUCACAUGCCCACUUCUGCUGGGCCUUUAGCCCUAGAACCUGCAGGUGGUGGGGGCGGCUACCAAGAAGGAACAGAGGUCUCUGGGGAGGAGUCUGGGUGGUCCAGCCCUGAGGAUUGGCCCCACCUCCUGCUGCCCCAUAACCCUCUCUUCAUUUCCGCUUUUUCAUUUACCCUCAUUUAGAGCCAUUUGCAGAGAUUUAGAAAGAUUUACAGUAACGAAUGGAUUCCUAUAUAAAGAUUAUUUUUAUACUUUUUGCAGCAAAAGGAAAUUGUAAUAUUUGUACAGUGUUCAAGUGAAUAAAAACCAUGCCUAAGGCUA